AUGAGGCACAGCCUGACCAAGCUGCUGGCGGCCUCGGGCAGUGACUCCCCGACCCGCAGCGAGAGCCUGGCGCCGGGCGCGGCCUGCUCGCUGCCUCCGGAUCUGACUCGGGCGGCGGUGGAGGAGGAGGAGACGGCGGUGGCCGGAUCUCCCGGCCGCAAGCAGCCGCACGGCGACGAGGGAGAACUGGAGGCGGGGAGGGGGAGUCGCGGCGGCGUGGCCGUACGCGCGCCCUCGCCCGAGGAAAUGGAGGAGGAGGCUAUUGCCACUGUCCCGGGAGAGGAGUCGGAGGACAUGGACUUUUUGUCUGGGCUGGAACUAGCCGACUUGCUAGACCCUCGGCAACCGGACUGGCAUCUGGAACCCGGGCUCAGCUCGCCUGGGCCUCUCUCUUCUUCGGGCGGCGGUUCAGAUAGCGGUGGCUUAUGGAGAGGGGACGAUGAUGACGAGGCCGCGGCUGCUGAGAUGCAGCGCUUUUCUGACUUGCUGCAGAGGUUGUUAAACGGUAUCGGGGCCUGCAGCAGCGACGGUAGCAGCGGCGAAAAGAGGCGGAGAAAGUCCCCUGGAGGAGGCGGUGUUGGCGGCGGCGGCGGCGGCAGCAGCAGCAACAACGACAACCACCAGGCGGCAACAAAGAGUCCCCGGAAGGCGGCGGCGGCCGCUGCCCGUCUUAAUCGGCUGAAGAAGAAGGAAUACGUGAUGGGGUUGGAGAGUCGAGUCCGGGGUCUGGCAGCCGAGAACCAGGAGCUCCGGGCUGAGAAUCGGGAGCUGGGCAAACGCGUGCAAGCACUGCAGGAGGAGAGUCGCUACCUACGGGCCGUCUUGGCCAACGAGACCGGACUGGCUCGCUUGCUGAGCCGGCUGAGCGGCGUGGGACUGCGGCUGACUACUUCCCUCUUCAGAGACUCGCCCGCCGGUGACCACGACUACGCUCUGCCGGUGGGAAAGCAGCAGCAGGACCUGCUAGAAGAGGACGACUCAGCGGGAGGAGUGUGUCUUCAUGUGGACAAGGAUAAGGUGUCGGUGGAGUUCUGCUCGGCUUGCGCCCGGAAGGCGUCGUCUUCUCUUAAAAUGUAG